AUGAAAGCAAUAAAAACCAAUAAAGUUAGUUUGAUUUUUUUAAAUUAGGAUAUUUAAAAUGCAAUUAGGUUUUCCUUAUUGCUAUAAUGUGAAGAUGCCAGAUAGUUAAGGGAAGCUUCAGCAGAAGAACUAAGGCAAAUCUUGUAGUUAGGGGAUUCAUCAAAUUUUAAAAAUGGUAAAAUACAAAAUGUCAUGAGAUUAGUUUUUUAACAUUUACAUAUAAUAUAGGAGAAAUGGGGGCUAAGAAAUGGCAUAGUAGAAAUUAAUCAUAUAUCAAUUAGAAUAAGAAUGGAUGGGCAUUAAGAAAUAUUUGGAAAAAUGAAAAAUAUUUCUAAAGAAGUUGGAAGGAGAGAAUUCUGAAAUCAAAUCACCAUUUUCAAGUUGACCAAGAAUGA